ACAGCUUGGAGGAAGGAGCUGGACGUCUCCGCCGAGAAAAACCGGGGGUGGGAGCCAGAGUAGGGGAGGCAGAGGACCUGCUGUCUCUAGGAGCCUCUGGGUUGCUGCAAAGAGGGGCGGGGAGAGGCGGGGGCUCUGCCUGCACCGCGCUGGCUCCAGCGGUGCCCGCGGGGAAUGUGACAUCAGCGGCGCCGGGCGCUUGCGGCUGGAGGAGGCAUCUCGCCUCGGCUGCGCUGUGCACACCUCGCCCCGGGGAAAACGCAGACCCGGGCAGGCGGCAGGGAUGUCGGCGAAGGAGAGGCCAAAGGGCAAAGUGAUCAAGGACAGCGUGACCCUCCUGCCCUGCUUUUAUUUCGUGGAGUUGCCUAUAUUGGCAUCAUCGGUGGUUAGCCUGUAUUUCCUGGAACUCACAGAUGUCUUCAAACCUGUGCACUCUGGAUUCAGCUGCUAUGACCGGAGUCUUAGCAUGCCAUACAUUGAACCCACACAGGAGGCAAUUCCAUUCCUCAUGCUGCUUAGCUUGGCUUUCGCCGGACCUGCAAUUACGAUUAUGGUAGGGGAAGGAAUUCUCUACUGUUGCCUGUCCAAAAGAAGGAAUGGAAUUGGCCUGGAGCCCAAUAUUAAUGCCGGAGGCUGCAACUUCAACUCUUUCCUUAGAAGAGCCGUCAGAUUCGUUGGUGUUCAUGUGUUUGGACUCUGCUCUACAGCUCUCAUCACAGAUAUCAUCCAGCUGUCCACAGGCUACCAGGCACCAUACUUUCUGACUGUGUGCAAGCCAAACUAUACCUCUCUGAAUGUGUCUUGCAAAGAGAAUUCCUACAUUGUAGAAGAUAUUUGCUCAGGAUCUGAUCUUACAGUUAUCAACAGCGGCAGAAAAUCAUUCCCUUCACAACAUGCGACCCUUGCUGCCUUUGCAGCUGUGUACAUUUCGAUGUACUUCAAUUCCACACUAACGGAUUCCUCUAAGCUUCUGAAACCUCUCUUGGUCUUCACCUUUAUCAUCUGUGGAAUCAUCUGUGGGCUAACACGGAUAACUCAGUAUAAGAACCACCCAGUUGAUGUCUAUUGUGGCUUUUUAAUAGGAGGAGGAAUUGCUCUAUACUUGGGUCUGUAUGCUGUGGGGAAUUUUCUGCCUAGCGAAGAGAGUAUGUUUCAGCACAGAGAAGCCCUCAGGUCUCUGACAGACCUCAAUCAAGACCCCAGCCGAGUUUUAUCUGCUAAAAAUGGUAGCAGUAGUGACGGAAUUGCUCACACAGAAGGCAUCCUCAACCGAAACCACAGAGAUGCUAGCUCAUUGACAAACCUCAAAAGGGCAAAUGCUGAUGUAGAAAUCAUCACUCCACGGAGCCCCAUGGGGAAGGAAAACAUGGUUACCUUCAGCAAUACCUUGCCUAGAGCCAACACCCCAUCCGUGGAAGACCCUGUGAGAAGAAACGCCACCAUUCAUGCCUCUAUGGAUUCUGCUAGAUCCAAGCAGCUCCUCACCCAGUGGAAGAAUAAGAAUGAAAGUCGUAAGUUGUCCCUGCAGGUUAUGGAGACCGAGCCUGGACAGUCACCACCGAGAUCCAUUGAAAUGAGGUCAAGCUCGGAGCCGUCGAGGGUGGGGGUCAAUGGAGACCACCAUGGUCCUGGCAAUCAGUACCUCAAGAUCCAGCCUGGCACCGUCCCCGGGUGCAACAACAGUAUGCCUGGGGGACCAAGAGUGUCCAUUCAGUCCCGCCCCGGGUCCUCACAGUUAGUGCACAUCCCUGAGGAGACGCAGGAAAACAUAAGCACCUCCCCCAAAAGCAGCUCCGCUCGGGCCAAGUGGCUGAAAGCUGCGGAGAAGACCGUGGCCUGUAAUAGAAGCAACAGCCAGCCUCGAAUCAUGCAAGUCAUAGCCAUGUCCAAGCAGCAGGGCGUCCUCCAAAGCAGCCCCAAGAACACCGAAGGCAGUACGGUCUCCUGCACUGGCUCCAUCCGCUACAAAACCUUGACAGACCACGAACCCAGUGGGAUCGUGAGGGUUGAGGCUCACCCGGAGAACAACAGGCCCGUCAUACAGAUCCCGUCCACCGAAGGCGAAGGCAGUGGCUCCUGGAAAUGGAAAGCCCCUGAAAAGGGCAACCUUCGCCAAACUUAUGAACUCAACGAUCUCAACAGGGACUCCGAAAGCUGUGAGUCCCUGAAAGACAGUUAUGGUUCUGGAGAUCGAAAGAGAAGCAACAUUGAUAACCACGAGCAUCACCACCAUGGAAUCACCACCAUCCGCGUCACCCCAGUAGAGGGCAGCGAAAUUGGUUCAGAGACCCUGUCCAUUUCUUCUUCCCGCGACUCCACCCUGCGGAGAAAGGGCAACAUCAUCUUAAUUCCUGAAAGAAGCAGCAGCCCCGAAAACACUAGGAAUAUCUUCUACAAAGGAACCUCCCCAACACGGGCUUAUAAGGAUUGAGGGAUGGCCAUUCAAUCAUUUGGGCCACCCCCAAAAGACCACGUGUAGAUUCUACCAGUGCUCUGUUCCAGCGAAUCGAGAACCUUCUCACCAAACUAGAUUAUACACCAUCAGCCCGGAACUCAGUGACUCUUGAGAACUACUCUACCCAAGCUUGUAGACUUCACAUCAAGGGGAGGGAAAAGCACAAUGCAAGAACCUAACUAAUGUGAUAAUGUGAAGACUCUUCUUAAGACCUACCUUCAAACUCAAAUGGUUUGCAGAGGGUAGUAUCAAAAGAAAGUGGUUUCCUUCAAUGUAUACUAUUGUACUUCCUGAAUGUGCCAACUUUAGGGAUCUUUCUUUAUAAUUAGCUGUGGGAAUCCAGAACACAUGUUUUCCCUAUAGCAGAGGCCAUGCAGUAUUAUAUAUUCAUUUUGCAGAAUCUGCACCGAGAGCUCAAUACGGGUGGUGCUGAUCAUUAUAGUACGUAUACCAUGUAAACUCUCAAAUUCUAUUUAGCUGUGAAAUAGUGAUGUGCAACUCCUUGUCAAAGAAAUGCUACUGUAUUAAGAAGAUGUUGGCUUCUUUGUGUUAGAAUAGGACACCCUGCGGCUUCUCUGUAGUGGCUCUGUCACAGUCAAAAAAAACGAAAAGGUUUUGUGCAUUUCUUCAAAAUUAUGCUUUCUUCGACAACAAAAAUUGAUAGGGAUAUUUUCAGUGAAAGAGAAUACUUUUCUGCAUAGCUUUUUGCUGCUUACUUUUUAUUUAAAUAUAGUUACUGCUAAUGAAAAAUCUGUUUUUAGUGAGUAAAUUUGAAUAAUUUAAAAAAUACUGUUUUAGAGAGUCUUUUGAAAUUGUGAUCAUAUUUUGCAUUUUAUGCCUUCUCCUUUAUUGAUUUAAAUUUUUUAUGUUAUAGAUAUGUUGUUCUAUUUUUAAAGCAAAAAUAACAGUUGACAUUCUUUGAGCAAAAUAUACUGCUGUGAAUUUAUAAAGAAGGAAUAUGAACCAAAACUCGACAUUGUGGGUUACAUUGACAGCAGUGUUGGUCAUGUCUAACUUUAGAUGUUUCCAGCCAACUGGCUUAAGUUGCUAUCUUAAGUAAUCCAAAAAUUUUGUUUGUUCCAGAUUAUUAACUUUUUUUUAUAUCCUAAUAACCAGUAAAUUAGAGCCACAGUAGUUGGGUUUUACCGUCUUCUCUAAAGUAUUUUUGUUAAUUGGAUACCAACAGAGAGAAUCUGAAAAAGAUGUAAAUUGUUAAGAAGAAAAUCACAGUAUACGUUAAGAAUGUAUUUCUUCAAAAUAUCUAGAUAGGCACAGUUUUUGUGCUCAACAUACAAAUGACAGUUUUUGCUACCUAUCCUGAAUGAAGCCUUCAACUUAAAUCAAACAAAACCAAUAUUAUCAAUAAGAAGAUAAAAAACAAAACAUUUUGAAGUGUUUUCCAAGUUAAAAUUUUAUUUUAAGUAUGAAGAAAUAUUUGGUUCCUCUAAUUUAGUAUUAAACCUUUUUUUUUUUUUUUCUUUUUUUUUUGCGGUAUGUGAGCCUCUCACUGUUGUGGCCUCUCCCGUUGCGGAGCACAGGCUCCGGACGUGCAGGCUCAACAGCCAUGGCUCAUGGGCCCAGCCGCUCUGCGGCAUGUGGGAUCUUUCCGGACCGGGGCACGAACCCGUGUCCCUUGCAUCGGCAGGCGGACUCUCAACCACUGCGCCACCAGGGAAACCCAUAGUAUUAAACCUUUUUACACUAUUUCUGAAGAAUUCUAAUGUGCAUUUGAUGAUUGCCAAGGGGACAAAAGGUAACAACAAUGCUGGUUGAUCUGAUCUCAGUUUAAUUUUCAGUGAGAACAGAAGUAGUUGUUUAGAGAUGAGUAGUACCACAUUCUUAUCAACUUCUACCGGAAAAGGGCAGAGAUUUGUAGAGUAACCAACCUCCUAAAGCAUUAGGGAUUUAGCUGAAACCAGCAGAAUUGAAAACUCUGGCAAUAAAAUACAGAUUCAACUAUACCCCUUCUGGCUGUUUCCAUCUCAGAGAGGGGAGUGAGAGUACAAUGUUGCCUUCCCCAUUUCUUAACCACUACCACCACCAUUAUGACACUCCUACUGGCUUUUGCCAAUUUAUAGAGAGGAAGGGGGACUGGUUUUAGUGCUCUGAAGGAAAAAAAAAAGCUGCAGCAUUUCAGGUGCAGUAUGAUAUUUCCUAAUCUUUCCUAUUUCUUAACAGAAGAUUUUAAAGUACUUCUCUAGUCAUCGAAGUUUUUUUUUCUUUACAUAAAUAUUGAUAUAUUCGUUUU